AUGUCCCUGAAACGCGUUCUAGGCGACAACUCGCUCCUCUCUUUACUUGGCACUACUGCAGUUGUUGUACUUCUUGGCUCUCUUGCUCGUCAGUACCGACGUAGUCCAUGGCGUAAACUUCCACCGGGCCCCAAGGGUCUUCCUUUCCUAGGCAACCUCUUUCAACUCGGCAGCAAGCAAUGGCUCUCAUUCUCCGACAUGAGAACUACCUUUGGUGAUAUAAUAUAUCUAAACAUUGUUGGGCAGCCUAUCGUUGUUAUCAAUUCGGCAAAGAUAGCGGCGGAUCUCCUUGAUCGUCGGGCCAGCAUAUAUUCGGACAGACCUCCUAGCUAUGUGGCCAGCGAGUUACUUUCAGGUGGCCUUGCGUUGGGCCUCAGUCGUUACAAUGACGUAUGGAGAAAGUUACGCCGUGCGGGCAUGGAGGGCCUCAGCAAAAGCUUUGUGGCGAACUACCACUCCAAGCAAACCAUCGAAGCAAUGUAUCUUGCCCAUGAUAUACUGCUAGACCCGUUGCGAUGGGAUGCUCAUUGCCGUCGCUCGGUGGCAUCUGUAACAAUGUCCAUAAUUUAUGGCAACCGCAUUGCAUCUGAAACAGAUCCCGCCGUGAGGCAAAUCAACGAUCAAGCAGCGAGAGUGACAAGUGCGGCCUCUCCGGGCGCUCACCUUGUGCAAUUCUUUCCUUGGAUGCAGAAGAUUCCCCGCUCACUCGCGGGGUGGAAGCGGACUGCUCAAGACUGGCACGAAUAUGACUCCUCCGUGUUCCAGAAUCUGCUAAACGAGAUCGUCAUUCGUGAGGCAAAUGGGAUGUCGCGUCCAAGCUACGCUCUCAGUCUUCUCGAAGGACCCACCUCUAGCAAUCUCUCUGGGAGGGAGAAAGCUUGGCUAGCUGGAACGAUGUUCGCCGCAGGGUCUGAUACGACGUCUUCCAUUCUGGCAUGGUGGAUUCUCGCGAUGAUCUCCUAUCCACACACUCAGCAGCGUGCCCAGGAGGAACUCGACACCGUUGUCGGCCGCUCCCGUCUACCCUCAUUUAGCGACUUCGGAGCCUUGCCCUACAUCCGCUGCAUGGUGACUGAAUCGUUGCGAUGGAGCUCUGCCUUUCCGAUGGGCGCCCCUCACAGAUGCAUGCAGGAUGACUGGUACGACGGGUACUUCAUCCCAAAAGGAACCAUGUUACUACCGAACGUCUGGGAGAUGAACCACAAUCCGGAGGUUUAUGGUGCUGAUGCAGCGCACUUCAAUCCGGCCAGGUUUUUGGAGCAUGGUACGGAGGCUAACGAAAAAAAAAGCGACACUCAUUGGUCUUUCGGGUUCGGGAGAAGAGUUUGUAUGGGAAGACAUGCGGCCGAGAAUACUCUAUUCAUCUUCAUUGCCGUGGUAUUGUGGUCGUCGACUAUCGGACCCGCGGCCGAUGAUGAGGGCAAGGUCACCGUGCCCAGCCGUGAGGAUGUAGACGAAGAGGGCUUGAUCAUGUAUGUCUUCUCGUAUUUCUUCCUCGACGUUCAUAGGACUAAAGUACGGUAUACCAGUCGUCCCAAACCGUUCAGAUGCACUUUCCAGCCCAGAUUCUCCGAUGCCACAGCGAUUCUUGACCAGGCUAUCGAGGAUGUAGGCUACUGA